UUGGAGCACCCGUGUAGACUUCCCAGAGGCUUGUGAUCCAUGUAAUGCUACGAAUUCACCUCGAUAUACCGAUUCAAAAAGUGGGCAUUUUGCUCUGUCAGAUCCGCAAAAUAGACAAUAG